GGGCUGUGAGCGGCUCUCGGCGCCCCGGCCCCGCCCGGCCCCGCCCGCCCGGCGGCCCCAGCCCGGCGCUGCCGCUGCUGCCCGGCCAUGGCGGACCCCGCCGAGUGCAGCAUCAAGGUGAUGUGCCGCUUCCGGCCCCUCAACGAGGCCGAGAUCCUCCGCGGCGACAAAUUCAUCCCCAAAUUCAAGGGCGACGAGACCGUGGUCAUCGGGCAAGGGAAGCCGUAUGUCUUUGAUAGGGUGUUACCUCCCAACACAACCCAGGAACAAGUUUAUAAUGCCUGUGCCAAGCAGAUUGUUAAAGAUGUCCUGGAAGGCUACAAUGGCACAAUCUUUGCUUAUGGACAGACAUCAUCAGGAAAAACACACACCAUGGAGGGAAAACUGCACGACCCUCAGCUCAUGGGAAUCAUUCCAAGAAUUGCACACGACAUCUUUGAUCACAUCUACUCCAUGGAUGAGAACCUGGAGUUCCACAUAAAGGUUUCCUACUUUGAGAUAUAUUUGGACAAAAUAAGGGACCUACUGGAUGUGUCAAAGACAAACCUCGCUGUACAUGAAGAUAAAAACAGAGUCCCAUAUGUUAAGGGUUGUACAGAAAGAUUUGUGUCUAGUCCUGAAGAAGUUCUGGAUGUCAUCGACGAAGGGAAGGCCAACCGGCACGUGGCCGUGACAAAUAUGAAUGAACACAGCUCCAGGAGCCACAGUAUCUUCCUUAUUAACAUUAAACAAGAGAAUGUGGAAACUGAGAAGAAACUCAGUGGGAAGCUUUACCUGGUGGACUUGGCUGGAAGUGAGAAGGUCAGCAAAACUGGAGCGGAGGGAGCUGUUCUGGAUGAAGCUAAAAAUAUCAAUAAGUCUCUGUCUGCUCUAGGCAAUGUGAUAUCUGCCUUGGCAGAAGGAACUAAAACCCACGUUCCGUAUCGAGACAGCAAAAUGACCCGGAUCCUUCAGGAUUCCCUGGGUGGGAACUGCAGAACCACCAUUGUCAUCUGCUGCUCCCCCUCGGUGUUCAACGAGGCAGAGACCAAGUCCACCCUGAUGUUCGGCCAGCGAGCCAAGACCAUCAAGAACACGGUGUCUGUGAACCUGGAGCUGACGGCCGAGGAGUGGAAGAAGAAGUAUGAGAAGGAGAAGGACAAAAACAAGAGCCUAAAGAAUGUUAUCCAACACCUAGAGCUGGAACUGAACAGGUGGAGAAAUGGAGAAGCUGUGCCAGAGGAUGAGCAGAUCAGUGCAAAGGACCAGAAGAACCUGGAGCCUUGUGAUAACACCCCCAUUAUUGACAACAUCACCCCCGUUGUCGCCAGCAUCUCCACGGAGGAGAAGCAGAAAUAUGACGAGGAGAUCGCCAGUCUCUACAGGCAGCUGGAUGAUAAGGACGAUGAAAUCAACCAGCAGAGCCAGUUGGCUGAAAAACUAAAGCAACAAAUGUUGGAUCAAGAGGAGCUUUUGGCCUCCACUAGGAGGGAUUAUGAGAAGAUCCAAGAGGAGCUGACCCGUCUCCAGAUCGAGAACGAAGCGGCGAAGGACGAAGUGAAGGAGGUCCUGCAAGCCCUGGAAGAAUUAGCUGUCAACUAUGACCAGAAAUCCCAGGAAGUGGAGGACAAAACAAGGACCAACGAGCAGCUGGCUGAUGAGCUGGCACAGAAGAGUAGUGCCCUGACAGCGACCCAGAGGGAGCUGGGCCAGCUGCAGGAGCUCAGUAACCACCAGAAGAAGAGGGCGACAGAAAUCCUGAACCUGCUGCUGAAGGACCUGGGGGAGAUCGGGGGAAUCAUCGGAACCAACGACGUGAAAACAUUGGCAGAUGUGAACGGGGUGAUCGAGGAGGAGUUCACCAUGGCCCGGCUCUACAUCAGCAAGAUGAAAUCCGAGGUGAAGUCCCUGGUGAACCGCAGCAAACAGCUGGAGAGCGCCCAGAUCGACUCCAACAGGAAGAUGAACGCCAGCGAGAGGGAGCUCGCGGCCUGCCAGCUCCUCAUCUCACAGCACGAAGCGAAGAUCAAGUCCCUCACAGACUACAUGCAGAACAUGGAGCAGAAGAGGAGGCAGCUGGAGGAGUCCCAGGACUCUCUCAACGAGGAGCUGGCCAAGCUGCGCGCUCAAGAAAAAAUGCACGAAGUCAGCUUCAAGGACAAGGAGAAGGAGCAUCUGACCCGGCUUCAGGAUGCAGAGGAGAUGAAGAAGGCCCUGGAGCAGCAGAUGGAGAGUCACAGGGAAGCCCACCAGAAGCAGCUGUCCAGGCUGAGGGAUGAAAUCGAGGAGAAGCAGAAAAUAAUUGAUGAAAUCAGAGACAUGAAUCAGAAGCUCCAGCUGGAACAAGAGAAACUGAGUGCUGAUUAUGAUAAAUUAAAAAUUGAGGACCAGGAAAGAGAAAUGAAACUGGAAAAGCUCAUACUGCUUAAUGAUAAAAGAGAACAAGCAAGAGAAGACCUUAAGGGGCUGGAGGAAACAGUGGCAAGAGAACUUCAGACUCUUCACAAUCUGCGCAAACUGUUUGUCCAAGAUCUUACCACCCGCGUUAAAAAAAGUGUUGAGCUUGACAGCGACGACGGAGGUGGGAGUGCCGCGCAGAAGCAGAAAAUUUCCUUUCUUGAGAACAACCUGGAACAGCUUACAAAGGUUCACAAACAGCUGGUUCGUGAUAAUGCAGAUCUUCGUUGCGAGCUUCCUAAGCUGGAAAAACGCCUUCGAGCUACGGCAGAGAGAGUUAAGGCCCUGGAGAGUGCACUGAAGGAGGCCAAGGAGAACGCCAUGAGGGACCGCAAGCGCUACCAGCAGGAGGUGGAUCGCAUUAAGGAGGCCGUGAGAGCCAAAAACAUGGCCAGGAGAGCACACUCUGCUCAGAUUGCCAAGCCCAUCCGCCCUGGCCAUUAUCCAGCGUCUUCUCCGACGGCUGUCCACGCCAUCCGAGGGGGAGGGAUGUCCAACUCCAGCUACUACCACAACACCAAAUAGGCGAGAAGUCAGUUCCACUUAAGCAUGUUAAGGACUGUCAUUAAGUCACUAGUUUCUUUUCUGCCCCUCCUCGACCCACAUCCCGUUCAUCCUGCGCUUCCUCCGGCCAUCGGCAACGCACCGGUCCCAGGUACCCCGAGCUUCGCAGGACCUCCACGUGUACAGAAGUGUCCAGAUCCUUCUGCAAUGUAUUGGACAUUCCCAUCUCAGUAAGGAUUAGGGAGUCUGCCACUCCGAGCCCACCUUGGCGCUGGUUUAGGUUGGCACUUCCACACUCAGAGCGAUGCUUAUUUUUUUUUUUCUCCAAGUCCUCCGUUGGCAUCGGUAGAUCCCGACUUCUGGCAUCAAGGAAUUAAUUAUUCACUGACCAAGUGCCACCAAAGGCAGGUGAUUGUGCUCUGUCAUGACUGAUUUACUGUAUAAUAUACAUAUUAUUUUAUAUUUUUAGGGGAUGAAAAUGUGCUGCUAUAUGGUUUUCGUUUUACUUGCUUUACAUUUUCAGAAGGAAAUUUCCCCAAAGAACCAUUUGUAAAAUCCUGAGGGAAAAAAAAAAAAAAAUUAAAUAAAAAUCUUUGGACUGUGUAAAAUAACCUUUAUUGCAGUACCUGGUAAAGAUCAAACGGGAUGCAGAGAAAUCUGUUAGUAUAGAGCUAGGAUUUGAAGUUUGGUAGUUCCAUGAAUAUUAUCUGUGUGAUAAUCUAUUUUAAAAUUAAGAUCCGAGCUGCUGCUUGUAGUUCUCCCGACGGUGGUGGGUUUUCCUGGAGUGUGUUUGUGAGCGUUGUUCCCUAGGAAGUUUCGAAGGCUUUUCAGAAUGCUGUGGAAAUCUUGUCUAGGAAAAUCUGACAAGCGCUUCCCCCCCCUCUCCUCCUCCUUUCCCCUUCCCACAUGCCUUUGGGAAUUCAGAUCCCGGAGGGAACAGUCCCCCGACCAGAAAGGACAUAGCUUAAAGGAACAAAGGAAAAGAAAAUCCCCCAAAUCCCAGAUGCUCCCUUAAAAAAAUCAGAGAGUCCAAAAGGAGGUGAGAGUUGUACACUCGAGCUGUCCUUUGCAGGCCAAAUUUGGGAAUACAUUUGCAGGGAUUUGAGGAGCACAUUCCGAGGGGAAAAGAAUGUUUUUUGUAGGUCACUGUAUGCAAAUCAUCCUACGGAUGGUGCUCACCGAGGGAAGGACGAGCCUUUCCUGGAUCUCUUUUUUCCAGCCAGGCAGCAAAUUCCCAUCUUCCCAGCCAGGGGGCACUGGAAUCGCUCCGGGAAGGUGCUGCUCCUCCUCCUCCCUGCCUGCACAUUCCUCCCGGGGCAGGUGACACGGUCGGGCUUAGGGAAGCCGGGAUUCCAGGAGGGUUAGGCCGAGCAUAGCCCUCUAGUCUUCUUUUGCAGACCUUUGCUCUUAUUUAAUUUGAGAUUGAUUGGUUGGUUGGUUGGUUGGGUUUUUUUUUAAUUUCUGAACCUGUUUGUUAGUAGGAGUAGAACUAUUCAGUUACUUAGAGUGUUUUGGAAGAUUGUGAAUUGACUUUAGAUAUUUUUUUCUACUGAAACUAAGUUGUUGCAAAGUAAGUUGGGACUUAAUUUAACUGUUUUGGUUUUUUGUUGUUUGUGUUUUUUUUUUAAUGUUGCACUAUUUUGGGGAGCGUUUUGCUAAACAUAUUUAAUGAAGCUGCAAAUUUGCAUGUAUUUAAUUUAUUUUGUAUUUUUCAAAGUUUUAUAUUUUCUUUCUUUACGUGCAUGUGCACUGCCAGAAGAAUGAACUGUGAACUUGCCAUAUGCAAUCUUGAAUAAAAUCCACUAAUCCACAACUACUCUGUGCUAUCUUACCAGCUGCUGGGAGCUGAAGUUUCUACUCUGAACUAAUAAUCCUCUUGUUUUGGUUCUGAAACAGCUAUUUUGGGAAAGAUACCAAACUUAUUUACUGUCAAAAGAUUUUUGUGUCGUAGGAAAACUUUUUGUUCUGUCUUUCGAAUUGGGAGUUUGUUAUGGAAUUGUAUUGUAGAUGCAAUAUUAGCUUAAAAAUAAAAAAAAAAGGUGUGAAUUCCUCAGAGCAUCACCAGGGCAGUUCUGGAGGGCAGUUCUGAGAGCCUUCUGCAGCUUGAAGGAUAAGUUGACUUGGACAUCUCUUAAUGGUGCUAGUGCUGAUCAGCCAGUCAGUCCCACUAGCCGAGAACAAAUUAAGUUUCUCCAAGUUCACUUUUCCAUCCGGACUGCAGGAGGAUUUCCUCCAACUGGAAUGCCAAAAAGGAUGCCUUGGGCUAAAAUUCUCCAAAUGUGUAAUAACUGGAAAUCACCAAUUCUCAGCUGAACAUACUCUGCUUCUGUAUCUAUUUUGAUUUUUUUUUUUUUAAGCCUAUUUUAAUCGGGCGACUUCAGUUUGUACCGCGUGCUGUAUAUUCAACUUUUGUACCAUUUUUAAGGCUUUCACGUUUUAUAUCUGGAGAGGAAAACCACACAUCUGCUCUGCAGAGAUCCAAACCUGUCUCCUGCCGUUUCUGCCACCUGAUCCUUACUUUCUUUGCUCUUUGAGUGUUGUGUUCUGUUUACCCGAGGCUCAUUUUCAAGUUGUGGUUUGUACAGCGCAAAGGAAAUUUCACAUCUAAAAAUGUCAUGCAUGGGACAAAUUUGGGUGGAAAUAUGAAUGGGAAACGUGUUUCAGAUGGAACUAAAGUGCAUAUUGUUCUUUUUGCUAGUAUUUAAAAAGUAUUUCUGGCUCACUCGAGCUUCUCUUAAUGAUAUGUUCAAAUAUCUUGUGUUUGUCCUUGAGUUCACGUUUCAUCAACUUGUUUUCUGGAAAGCAAGGAAAGUUUUAGGCCUGGAAAGAUCUUGGCUGAUGCAUUUUUAAGUUUGUAUUCAACAAGGGUGAGAGUUUGAUUAUCCUGAAUAUACCGAAAACUUAAAAAUUAAGUCACAAGAAUUUUUACUACAGAACCCUGAGUAGAUUUUCAAUUUCAUUUUAUAAAUCCUGAUGGACUAAGGUUGCACAUUUGCCUGAAAUCUUUAUAAAUCAAAGAAUCCUGGAGUGGAUUGGGUUGGAAGGGACCUUAAAGACCAUCCAGUGCCACCUCCUUCCAUGGGCAGGGACACCUUCCACUAGCCCAGGUUGCUCCAACCUGACCCUUGGACACUUCCAGGGAUCCAGGGGCAGCCACAGCUUCUCUGGGCAACCUGUGCCAGGGCCUGCCCACCCUCGCAGCCAGCAAUUCCUUCCCAAUAUCCCACCUAAACCUACCCUAAGAAUUUUAAUUUGAACACUGUUUAAUUUUCAGAAAAGGGUGUUUAAACCCAACGGUGCCGAAGGUCCGACGGGAAAAGGCCUCACCAGGUUUCCGCUGUGGGAGGAGAAACACCUCCCGCAAACACCAAUUCCCACCUCGACGGGAAGAGGGGAGGAAUCAGGAAAUAAAUUCAUAGCAGGAUAAUCUUAAUCUCCCCUUGCUUUGAUUUUUUUGUUGUUGUUUUUUUCUGUCUUCACUGUGCCUGUACGAACUGCGACGUGCUCCGGCAGCAUCCGCCGUGCAGGAGGGAACUGCUCCGGCCGUUCCUUCCCGCCCUCACAGCCCUGCCCAUGGACACCCCUCUCGCUGUGGGAGAGCCACGGGGGGGGGGGGGGGGCUGAGGCAUUCUGUAGAUUUAUACCUGUCUAGUUUGUAAAGUUGUGUAACGUGUACUGCAGAUGUGUAUUCUCUGGGCUCUGUGUAUCUUUACAGUAGUGUUCAAUUUAGGAUUAAAAAAAACAAAAACAAAACAAAAAAAAAAAACCUCCCAAAAAAAUAAAUUGUGGACACGUUUUGCUGGUACCAAGGGGAAAUUUUUUUUGCCAUUGCAUCAAACGAUGCUGAAAUGUAUUAAACUCUUGAUAGGAAACCUGAACCCUCUUUCCCCCAUCCCGUGGAGAUAAGUCUUUUAUCUUCAUCCUGAAGUUCUACCGGAGAUGGAUGGAUACACUGGCAGACUGCAUGAGAUGUAUCAUUCGAAAUCCGUUACAGUGGAAAAUAAAACUGAGCUAAACUCUG